AUAGAGCUUAAUUUUACACAUUUGCUGUAAAGAAAGUCUUAAAAUGGCACAAUAACCAUGGGAGACUGGAAUUUCCUUGGAGGCAUUCUGGAGGAGGUCCACAUUCACUCCACUAUUAUUGGCAAGAUUUGGCUAACCAUCCUCUUCGUGUUCCGAAUGCUUGUCCUUGGAGUGGCCACCGAGGACGUCUGGAAUGAUGAACAGUCAGAAUUUAUUUGCAACACUGAGCAACCUGGCUGUAGGAACGUGUGCUAUGAUGAGGCCUUUCCCAUCUCUCUCAUAAGAUACUGGGUCUUGCAAGUUAUCUUUGUGUCUUCUCCUUCUUUGGUGUAUAUGGGUCACGCCUUAUACAGACUAAGAGCCUUAGAGAAAGAGAGACAGAAGAAGAAAGCUCAGGUGAGAGUGGAACUUGAAAGCACUGAACUAGAAAUGACAGAAUAUCGGAAAAGGCUGGAGAGGGAACUCCGGCAGCUGGACCAAAGAAAGCUGAACAAAGCACCCCUGCGAGGUUCGUUGCUCUGCACUUACGUGAUACACAUUUUCACUAGGUCUGCAGUGGAAGUUGGUUUCAUGAUUGGGCAAUAUCUGCUUUACGGGUUUCGCCUGGAUCCUCUUUACAAAUGUCAAAGAGAUCCAUGUCCAAACGUAGUCGACUGCUUUGUAUCACGGCCAACAGAGAAGACAGUGUUCAUCCUAUUCAUGCAGUCAAUAGCGACCGUAUCAUUGCUUUUAAAUGUCUUAGAAAUUAUCCACCUCGGAUUCCGAAAAAUUAAAAUAGGUCUUUGUGGGCAGGAGGAAAACAAGGAUUACCGUGGCAAUUUCUACACAAACAAAUCCAAGAAAUACUCUGUGAUACCCCGCUCUUCUCUGGGUAUAUCUGCAACUCCCCCCAAAACUCUCCCUUCUGUACUUAGCGGUUAUGCCUUUUUAAUGGAAAAGCAAACCGACACUGCCAUCUACCCGGUCCUAAAUUCUGCUCCCAUGUUCCAGUCUAUUCAAAAUAACCACACAGAAAAUAGAGGCAAUUACACCCACCACAAUCAGGACAACAAACUGCCGAAGAAAAAGCCAGCUACAGAUGUUUUAGCUGGUCAGACUCAGAAUGCUAGCACAAACUGCACUGAAGGCUUGCUGGGCAGGCCUGGGACUGAAAGGAGGAAUUCCCAGAAAGAAGCUGAUCAGAAACACUUCCUUGCUGGUACUCAGAAUGCAGAUACCGCUUCAAGAAGCUUUGCUGAGAUGCUGUCGCAGCCCCCUCUGCAGCCUUUUCCCGUUGCCAGCCUGAGAAGACAGCACGGAAUCAUCUCCUCUUGGAACUGCUCCGCAGCGGCCGAAAGCGUCGGAUCCUCCACCAAUUCCCUCACAAAGAGCAGCAGCAGGAGACGGAGCAGCCUCAGCGUGAGCCAAGGCCAACUGCCCCCCAAAGCCGACACCAGGCACCCCAGCCGCCCCGACACCCCCGACUCGGCAGGGGAGGCCAGCACGGGCUCCAAGCAGAGCCAGGGCUGCGGCAGCCCCCAGCCACUGCCCUUAUCUGGGCGUCCAUCGCUGUCGAGCAGCGCGAGCAGCCGGCGGGCCCCCACCGACCUGCAGAUAUAG